AACAAAACCAGUACUAGGCAACAUAGCUGGAGGACGACACAGUGGGAUCAGCAGCUUGACACUUCAGCCGGCGUAGAACAAUGUCUUUGAGUACCCACUACAAGAAUUAUGUAAAUGAAGCCCCUCCAUUCGAAAAACGAGUUGAGGUGGGUUCAUUUUCCCUCGACACAGAGCGGAGAGUCGUCCAUGACAAGAAUCAGAUGAGAUAUUAUGUGGAACCUCACCAAGCCCCGCAAUUUGAUCUGCGGGACGGCUACAAGGACCGCUAUGUGAAGAGAGAUGAGAGUUUGAAGAAAAGUCUGGACCACAUCCUCCGUUGGAUCUUAGCCAACAAGUCAAACCUCAAACAGAAGGCGUUGUCAUCCUCGUCUUCAUCAGCUUUGGAUUUUGACUUUGUGACAUCCCGUGGCCGCUUGACACACUUGUUGACAACUCCAUAUCAAAAAAUGUCAAGCUGGUUGCUGGCCGUCACCAAGUUCAGAGGAACGCUUUACAUCAAUGAAGUAAAAACAGAAGCUGCUCGCCAAAGUGAAACCCAUCGCACUGAGAGUCAUGAAGAGAACAUAUACUGGGGGUACAAGUUUGAGCAGUACAUGUGUUCAGAUACCAUUGACGGUGUACCGGAUUCGAGUGGCGUGGUCAACUCUAACGAGGCCUUCUACAUCGUGGUCCAAACCCGUCUCGCAGAUCACAGUCUCCUGUUCUCCGGUGAACUGGAUUGCCGAGAUAAAGAUCCUAAUGCCCCGGAUCCUCCAGCCUGCUACAUUGAGCUGAAGACAGCAGGAAAUAUCCACACUGCCAAACAGCGUGACAAAUUCCACAGGUACAAGCUCAACCAGUGGUGGGCACAGUCCUACCUUCUCGGAGUCCCUCGCAUCGUCGCAGGCUUCCGUAAUGACGACGGCAUUGUUGAGUCUGUGAAGACUUUUCAAGUCAGCGAUAUUCCUGAGAUUGCUGAGCGUGAGGUCAACUUCUGGAAGCCAAACGUCUGCAUGAACUUCUGCAGCAAAUUCCUGUCUUUUGUCAAGAAGGUGGCGACCGAAGACGAUCCCUGUGUGGUAUAUCUGUUCUCCAGGAAAGAGCACUCCGAUGUGACCUACUCUGUUCACAGGAACUCGUCUUAUUCUUUCCUGCCAGACUGGUACGUGAAGGAAAUGGAUUAAAAAUGCGCACCAUCAGUACUAAUUUACGCUUAGCAUGAAAUAAUUACAACUAAUCUUAACAACAUGGCACUAUAAUCACAUUUUACUCAUCUAUGCCAGUCUCUUAGCAUGUUCAAUGGAUUCAUGUGUGGUACGUCUAGGUGUUGAUUACCAUCGCUCUCUGCAAAGUUUUCAUCUUGUAUACCAGUUGGAACAAUUAAAAAUCUCUGACAAAUUC